AUGGAUUUUAGCGAUGUUGUGACGGUGGAACCGCAAGGAUUUAGUGAUGAAUUCACAAGACUGACGAAGAAGGUGAAUAUUAUCCAUCUGCCUUUGCUGGCGGCUCACGUGAAACCCGGAGGAUUCAGGUUUGGGUGUGGGAAUCACCUCCUCCUUGGGGUUGGCGGGUCUGUUUCAGGGGAGAUUAUCGGCGGCAAGGAAGCAAAGCCGCACUCUCGCCCGUAUAUGGUGUAUUUGAAUUUCUACAAGAACGGCAAUCGGCACUGUGGGGGGUUCCUGGUGCGAAAGGAUUUUGUGCUGACAGCUGCUCAUUGCAAUGGAAGCAAAAUGAGCGUCAUUCUCGGGGCUCACAACAUCUCAUCUCGAGAAGCCACUCAACAGCGAAUCCCUGUAGUGAAAAAAUUCUCGCGCAAAUAUAACGGCCGCACCUUCGCCAACGACAUCAUGUUACUUAAGCUGCGCUACACAGCAAGACUGACAAAGGAGGUGAAUAUUAUCCAUCUGCCUUUGCUGGCGGCUAACGUGAAACCCGGUACCGUGUGUUCUCUGGCUGGAUGGGGGAUGACGGGAGUGAACGGUCCCGGAUCCAGGACGCUGCAGGAGGUGCAGUUGGAAGUGAUGCCUCCAUCCACCUGUAGCCCUCUCUACCGAAAUUUCUGCUCCCGUUCUCAACUGUGCGUGGGGAACCCCAAGUCGCGUAAAUCCUCAUUCAAGGGAGACUCAGGAGGCCCUCUGGUGUGUGGGAAGCGAGCCCAGGGCAUCGUCUCCUACGGGAAAUCUGACGGGAAACCUCCCAAAGUCUUUACUAGCGUCGCCUCUUACCUUCCCUGGAUCAAGGAGAUUCUCCAGAAGAAUUAGUUCCCGGUCCCUGGCCCAGCGGGAAAGUCAGAUUCCUUGCCCUGGGCCAAAGCCUGAGCCAUCCGUGCCCUCUCUCUCUGUCUCUCCCCUCUGGGCUUCCCUGAGUGUCCUUGGUGAAACCCAGCCCCGACCGCAAGCCCUGGGAAAACUCCUUGUCUGAGCUGGGUGGGAUGUCAA